AUGGUGUUUGCCAGUUGGGACGCUGAAGAGUUCGGAAUGUUGGGAUCCACAGAGUGGGCAGAGGAAAAUGCCAAAGUUCUACAGGAGAGAGCCGUGGCAUACAUCAACGCUGACUCUGCUAUAGAGGGUAUGUACACGUUGAGGGUUGACUGCACCCCCUCUCUCUACACCCUGGUCUAUGACAUCACCAAGAAGAUCUCCAGUCCAGAGCAGGGAGAGGAGGGCACGUCUCUGUAUGACAGCUGGCACAAACGAGACAACUGGACCAACGACAGAGAUGCUCCCAGGAUCAGUAAGCUGGGGUCAGGAAGUGACUUUGAGCCGUUCUUCAUCCGACUGGGCAUCGCAGCAGGACGAGCCAAAUACAUCAAGAACAAGAAGACAGAGCGUUACAGCAACUACCCGCUGUACCACAGUGUUUACGAGACGUUUGAGCUGGUGGGCGGGGCCUAUGACCCCUCCUUCCGCAGGCUACAGGCUGUCGCUCGCGUCAGGGCGGGGCUUAUCUUCCGAUUGGCCAAUGACAGACUCCUCCCCCUGGACUGUGAGGAGUACGCAGCUGCCCUGAAGAAAUACGCCACCAGCAUACGAGACCUGGCACACACACACGCCGAUAUGGCACAGUACAACGUCAGCUUUGAUCCCCUCUUCUCUGCCGUUGAGAACUUCACUACAGCAGCACGAGAAUUCCACCUGCGUCUCAGAAGCCUGGACACCAGCAAUGAGCUAGCUCUGCGUAUGGCUAACGACCAGCUGAUGUAUCUGGAGAGAGCGUUUGUGGAUCCACUGGGCUUACCGGGCCAACCCUUCUACAGGCAUGUGAUCUUCGCCCCCAGUAGUCCUGAAGAGUCGUCGUUUCCUGGUGUGUAUGAUGCCCUCUACAGUCUGAAGAGGGAAGUGCACCCUGCGGAGGCCUGGAGGGAAGUGAAGAGACAACUCAGCAUCGCAACCUUCACUGUACAGGCAGCUGCUAUGACUCUCACACCACCAUGACACACACACACACACACACAUACAC